AUGUUCAAAGUGAGAGAGUUCAAUGAUAAGCAUACAUGUCCGUUGAAGGAUAAGGUGUAUGAGCAACGUCAAGCAAGUAGUAGCCUUAUCGGUGGUAUGAUUAGGUCUAAGCUUACUAAUCAUAAGAGAAAAUACACCCCAAAGGAUAUAAUUGAUGAUGUGAAAUCAGAUUUUGGUGUAGAUGUUAGUUACAUGCUGGCGUGGCGGGCUAAAGAAAAAGCAAUAAAUUUUUUUAGAGGUGAACCGGCUGAUUCAUACAAUAAAUUACCAGGGUACUUAUAUACAAUGGAUAUGACAUAUCCCGGUUCGCACAUUAGAAUGCCACCUAAAAUUAGCANAGCAUAUGGUGUUGUUGAUUCAGAGAACGAUGCUGCUUGGUCGUGGUUCUUUGAGCAAUUCAAGAAAGCAUAUGGUGAGAGGGAAAACAUGUGCAUCAUUUCAGAUAGGAAUAAGAGCAUCAUCAAAUCUGUAUUGAGAGUGUAUCCAACGGAUGAAUUUGAUAGUCUAAUGGAGAAGGUGAAGAAGGUAGAUAUUCGGGUGAAAGAAUACUUAGAAUUAGCUGGAUACGAAAAGUGGGCUAAGUUGUAUGCACCUGUUAACCGGGGAUGGACCAUGACGUCAAAUAUUGUUGAAUCAAUCAAUGCUGCACUUGUAUCAGCAAGAGAAUUGCCAACAUACGACUUCCUCGAAGAAGUUGUACCAUCGACUGAAUACUUACUUAUGGUGAACGAUGAAGGAAGGCAUUAUACCGUUUGCCUCCUAGAGAAAAAGUACAGUUGUGGGCGGUUCCAAGUUGACGAAUUACCAUGCCCACACGCUUGGGCUGUCUUGAAGAGCAAGUUUCUAAUGCCAGAAGAUUAUUGCUCUGACUAUUACAAACCAAAGUCUGUUGUAAUGACAUACGAGGUGCCCGUGUAUCCGCUGCCUGACCGAAAUGAAUAUACCAGCACAUAUAUCAGAGAAAGUUGUCUUACCACCCAAAUGGAAAAGAUCUCCUGGAAGGCCAAAGAAGAAGCACGAUAA